AUGAUUAAAUCCUUGUUGGCGACCUUUGUGUCGCUCGCUGCUUUCAGCACAAUUGUUGAAGCGCAGCUUCCAGAGUACACCGGCGAACUCUUGCUUCGUCCCUCCAUCAACGACAACAAAUGCUUGACCGCCUCCGCGUUGCACGACGGCGCGCCCGUCGUCAUCUCCACCUGCACUGGCGCCGCCUCCCAGAAGUGGGUGUUCACGGGCAACAACGGUCUCGUCCAAACGGCCAACAACAUGUGCUUGGACGUUACCGACGGCGUCAAUGCUGACGGAACCAAACUGCAAGUCUGGACAUGCUCUCCUGGCAACCCCAACCAGAACUGGUGGUACGACAAGUGGAGCAACACGUUGUCCUGGACGGAUAGGUGGAGAUGUUUGGACGUUACGGAUGGGAUUCAGGAUGAUGGUAAUCAGGUCCAAGUUUGGGGUUGCUGGGAUAAGAAUCCUAACCAGAUUUGGAGCACUGGGUAUAUGCCCAACGCGCUCCCGUAUCAAUCGCAGAAUGGGCAAUAUGGGACUAAUCAGUGUGGAGGCGGUAAUGACCAGAACUCCAAUUGUCAAACUUCUUGGAUCAAUUCCGCCACUGAUUUCUGCUUGUGGGGACCUCCUUGGCAUGGACCUGUUGGAAACACUGAGCGCGUCGCAGUCGCGUAUUGCACCAAGAAUGGACGUGGAACGAGGUCCAUUCCUGAUGGUACUCUUACUGGUGUUCAUUUCGUUAGGACGCCCGAGUACGUUCAGAUCACUGGUACCGGUGACUUUACCAACUUGAACAUCCCUGCUGGUGAUGAUGGAGGAGAACUUGAUAACAAGGGUGCAGAUGGCAAGGGUAAUCCUAUCGGCGGUCUCCUCUUCGGCAACACCUUCGUCAACGGCCUGCAAUACAACGAAUGGACGCAAUUCAUCUCCGACCGCGAAUUCUGCAUCCGCGCCUGCAUCGGCCCACGGGCCAAACAGCUCUGCAACCACAUCUACGAUGUGAUGGGCUGCUGGUGGAACAUGCCCGCCAAUUACAACAGCGGGGUGUUUGAGGAGUGCGAGGGGGAUCCUGCUACGCCUAUGGGUGUCUAUGAUGGCACGUCGACGUGGUACCAGGGCGUGAGUCCGACGCCGCCCCCGCAUCCGGCGCCUGCGAGUAGCAAUUGUGUGACGUUGCCUACUGUUGGUGUUAGUGAUAUGUUGAGGAGGAGGGGGGUGGACUCGGUUGGUGGGUUUGAGACGAGGAAGGUACCGGAGUUCCCGGGUGCUACGCCUGCUCCUGUGGCUCGUUAA